GUUUGUGUAAGUUCCUCCUGCGCCACCGUUGCCAUUUAUGGAUCACCUUUGGCAGCCAUCUACCUGUUGCAUGCAUCUCCGAGUUGUCUUUCCACAUUGGAAUUAGUAUCAACCACAUAGCCCACCUUUUGCAAAAUGCAUAAACGCUAAACACCGACGUGCACUCUUACCAUUUAAUUCUUCAUUGCGCAUACUUUCGCUGACUAAACCGCCUACUACUGAUUAUUGAUUGAGAUCCAAUGUUGCAGAUUGGCCGAAAAACACUGAGUAUGUUACUAUUGUGCUGCGGCUGCGGUUAAGCGCCAACGGCUUGUUUUUUAUUCCUUUCAUAAGUCGCUAGAUUGCAAAUAACCAUGCCAUCAUUGAGUCCUUUCAACGAUUACGCAAAACUUCGCCCACAUUUCCAUACUGAAAACCGUGCCACGGUUAUCGAGAUUGGACCAGCAUCGGUCGUCCACAGGCCACAUAAAGACAACUACUCGACCAUUCCCAUGCAGCAUAAAAGAGCGGACAAUUCCUUUGUCGACUGGGAUGCCCAUCCCACCUCGCGUCCAACGUCCCGCGCUGAUUCGACCGGGUCAAAUGUAUCGCUGAAGGAUACCGUCGAUGUCUUUGUGGACAAUAAAUUCCAUAAAUCGUACAAUAUUAAUUAUGAACCAGUGCGAAUCCGUAUCGGCGACGAGAACGAUGCAGCGGGAAGUGCAUAUAGCGGAAGGAUUUCCUCAACAUAUUCCCCUGCUCAAUCCAGGCCAGGAACGUACGAUGACAACCGCUCAGCAAACGCCAGCCGCUCCUCAUAUCAUUCGAAUACCAAGGAAACAUAUACAUCGAAUCAGCCAUCAAGCGGAUCGCAGGUAACAAUAAAUGGCAGCGAUUCUGGGAUAAAUCGCAACCAUGCGUAUUCGCCGAAGACCAUGCAAGGAGAAUACAACAUCCCCAUCCGAAGAGAGCAGCAUUCAAACUUUGAACCAAGAAACUCUCCAUCGACCACUGUGUUAUCCGAUCGAUCAAACCACAGCCAGAUGCCAAAGAAAAUGGCGAUGGGAAGCGAGUACUCUAUCCCGAUCCAACAGGAAGGGGCACGCUACGAUAGCAGUCGAGGCCGGACAUCCAUUCCCAUCGGGGGCGAUAGCGGAAACAUUCCGACGGCUGGUCGGCACACUUCGGUGUUUUCUCCGGACUCUGGGAGGGCUAGCGUUGAGCUUCCCUUAAGUCGGGGUGGAUAUGUCGCUACUCCCCUGCCUGAUACACCGAUCGGGGGUUAUUCGGAUAUUGUCAUCAACAACUUGCCAGAAUCGGGGAGAAGCGAACAUGGCCGCCGAUCGCGCAGCUCUAGAAGCGACAGUCAUAACAAAAAAGAUCAUUUUGCGGCAGGUCGACAUUCGGUGCGAUUUGACGAUAGCAGCGAUAGCGAGCGCGCGCAUGGCAGUGGACAUGUUGAGCCGACGAGUACGUAUGUGCGAAAAAGUGGAUAUGGUGAGCCGACCGGCACAUAUGUCCGGGAUGCUGCUCCUCAAAAUAAGUCGCCGAUGCGCGCAUCUAACUCUGAUAAAUAUUAUCCAUCAUCAACGGAUACUUAUGUGAGGGAUGAGCGCGAAAAUGUUUCAUUAGGGGACUCCAAACAAAUAUCUAUCAGCAAAGUGGAUGUGGGGGGUGCCAUCGUUAACUCUCCCAGUCUGACUUACGCCGUGGAUGACAGUUUUGCUCGUCCUUCAAGCCGGCCUGUUUCCCGUUCCGGCAACACCCCAAUUCCGCCGGCUCCGCAAGAUAAUAUGAGGUCUCCGUCUCGUACACGCAGUUUGUCACGGGGAGACUCGACCGGGCGUCCUGCAUCACGUGUAGGCUUGCCAACGUACGAGCGUGAUUACUUGGACAGGCCCGGUAACGAGGCUGAACUGGACGACCUUUCGGAUGAAGAACGAAAUGAACGAUUAAGGCAAAAGAAAGCAAUCUACCCUCAAAGUCGAAACGCGGCGCUGGUUGCUGAGCUGAAAGAAACAACGAACAAUAUCUCGGCUUCCCGACGCAACAGGAUAGAGAAGGAGUUCACAGAUAAAUUAGAGAAGAAGGAAUUUUUGGCAAUGCUGGAGAGACUAACUGCGGAACAAUUCAUGCCUCAAGUGCCUUAUUACGACGAAGAAGGAUUUCAGAUUGCAGAAUACAAACGAAAUUUCCUGGCUAAACAAGCUGCAAAUCAGGCUCGCCGAGAAUUUCAAGCAAGAAUCGACAACGGAGAGGAUAUGAAUCAAAUUCAGCAGUCUCCGGAAUGGAAGCGCUUGUUUAUCGAUAGCGCGAAAGAUGAGUAUGAUGGAUCGUUGAAAUUUGGGAUGCAAAACAAAGAAGCACUGCAAAUAUCUCUGAAUAAGAACCGAACCGGAAACAAACUGCAACCCUGGCAGCUAGAACUGAAGCGUCUGGAAAGGUUUCACAACUGAGGGCAUGAUAUUAUACAGCUGUGUACCAUGUUAGCAUCAGUAACUCGGUACAAUGAACGUAACUACCGUUUGUAUUAUAAUAUGGGACUCUUUCUUUGUUUAUAGGAGCGCCAUACGCUUUCUUGUUACUCCAGAAUAUCCAUUGUUUACCUGCACAUUUCAAUAGGUACUUCAUUAAUGAAAACAAUGCUAAUUUGCGAAACUAGUUAGUCUUAUGCAAAAUCACAAGUGCGAUCGUUCUGUAUAUUCACUGUAGCGAUUUUUUAAUUUGAUACUGAACAAUUCUAUGUUUUGCACUUUGUCGAAAAAUAAAAUGUUUUUAAGGAAAGCCUCUACGGACCAAACUGGUCCGCAGUACGUGCCCGGUU